UAGUCACUUAUUAACCAGUGUGAAAGCCAAAAGAUGAUGAAUUUUGCAGAUCCACACACAAAUCCUCAAAUAACACCUGCUUAGCGUUUCAACAGCAUUUUUGGGUCUUACUUUUCGGAAAGAGGGUUCUGAAAUGAGAGGAUAUCAAGUCUUCCCUGAGGUGACCUUUCAGGCUCUGAUCCUGGAAUUUGCAUCAGUGUAUUUUCAUUAAAUGCACAUGUUAGAUACAGCUUCCUCAGUGAGCAGAUGGUACACGCUUUAAAAUUACAGCAAGGGAAGAUUUAUACAAACGCUUCGACUCAUUGAGACUUCAUCAACAAGCUGCGUCAGGAAUAUACAGACACUCACAGGCACCCACUCUUUCUGGGAUGAUGAUUUGCUCUCGUUUUCGUCCCUCACUUCCUCACCUUGCGUCGCUGAGGCUGCUGGUUACCGGUACUGCUCCCUGUAGGACGGUGGCAAGCAAGCAGCCAGACCUCUCUGCAACCCUGGCCUUUGAGGAUCCCAGCGCCUUCAGGGUGAAGAGCUGGGGUGAGCUGCUCCGUGCUCUGGGCAUCUUCCGCCUCUGCUCCUUCCCUGUGCUGGUUAACAACUGUGGAAAGUUGAUGUCCAUAGCACGUACCCUCCUGGGACGCAGGGGGUUUUCUUUGCUGCUGCGGCCCACUGUGUAUGCCCAGUUUGUGGCUGGAGAGAACGAGAGUGAGAUCUCACAGUCCAUGGAGAAGAUGAGCUUGCUGGGGCUGAGGCCCAUGCUGGCAGUACCCAUCGAAGAGGAUCUGGGAGAAAGCACCGGGGAGAAGACAUAUGAUGAGAACAUGGACGCCAUGUUGGAAUGCGUGCGAAUGUCUCACAGCAAUGCCUGGAGCAAAGACCCAAUGAUGCAGCUGAAGGUCACAGCCCUGUUCAGACCAGAGUUGUGUGUGAAAAUCACAACUCUCAUUGCAAAACAACCGUAUGACCUGAAUCUCCUCGUCAGAGCUCUGGAUGGAGAGCCAAUCAGCUUCCCUGGUUUAGAUGAACGUGAACUUGCCCAUUUCUUUUGUGGCCUGCAGAGACUCAACAAAAUAGCAGAGGCAAGUGUGAACAAAGUCCGAGUCCUGGUUGAUGCAGAGUACACCUACAUGAACCCCGCCCUUUCUCUUGUCACCAUGGCAAUGAUGAAGAAGUUCAACAAAGAUGGCGCCUGGAUUUGGAACACAUAUCAGUGUUAUCUGAAGGAGUCCAGGUCUCUCCUGCUGGAAGCUCUGAGUCUGUCCAAGAAAGAGGGUUUCUGUCUGGGAGUCAAGCUGGUACGAGGAGCCUACAUGGACAAAGAAAGGAAACUGGCAGAGAAAGAGGGUCGCCAGGACCCCAUCCACCGGUGCUGGGAGGACACCAAUGACAGUUAUAAUGGCUUGCUGGAUGUGAUGCUGGACGUCAUAUCCCAGAAACCUGAGCGCUACAGGAUCAUAGUCGCCUCUCACAACGAGGAGUCCGUGAGACGCGCCGCCAAACGGAUGGGAGAGUUGGGGAUAGACAAAGACGGAGGCUCCGUGUGUUUUGGCCAGCUGCUGGGCAUGUGUGAUCACGUUUCCCUCACACUGGCUAAGGAGGGUUAUGCUGUAUACAAGUCAGUGCCGUAUGGCUCAGUGGACGACACACUGCCCUAUCUGGUGCGCCGGGCUCAGGAGAAUCGCACCGUGUUGCAGGGAAUUCGCAAAGAGAGGGACCUGCUGCGACAAGAGCUCUACAGGAGACUGAGGGGAGGCAGCUCAAAGGCCACCAGCAUGCAAAUCUCUUGACUUGUUAAGUUUAUAAUACCAAGGGAGCUCAUUAAAAAGCC